AUGGCAGAGGCAUUUCUUCAACUCGUUCUUGAUAAUCUGAGCUCUCUUAUCAAGGAGGAGAUCGGACUGAUCUUGGACAUCGAUGAUGAGAUGAAGAAGCUCUGCAGCACUCUCACCACCAUCCAAGCUGUGUUGGAGGAUGCCGAAGACAAGCAAAUCGAGAGCAAGCCAAUUCGAAACUGGCUGCAGAAGCUCACCGCUCUUGCUUAUGAGAUUGAUGACAUUUUGGAUGAGUGCAACACUCAUGUCUCCAAACUCAACCACUCUCAUUCAAAACUCAGUCGCUACAGCCUCAAGAAAAUUUUGUAUCGCCACAACAUCGCAAGGAGGAUGAAGCAAGUCAACGAGAAAGUGGAGGCCAGUUGCGGCAGAGCGUGA